AUGCGCAGGAGGGCAAGGGGGGGCCAUCACGCUGGCCAGGACAUCUGCGUCGCCCCCUGCGGGUGUGCAGCAGAAACUGCCAAGAAGCCGUGCACGCCGAACUGGCGAUCGAGGCGCGCGCACGACACGCGCGGUAGAAAAGCAGAGAGGCACACCGGUCAAGCCGGACGGCCCUCUGAUGCGAAGGGGCUUGCGUGCGGAGAGCCGCAGUAUGGAUACUGGCCUUUCCGCCAUCGCGAGCGGCUCUGGCGUAAUCAACUGAAGCGGGCCACGAGAACAGCGGCGUGGGGAUGUCGCCUGAUAUUUAGGCGUGGGGGGAAGUUCUUUUUCGUUCGGCCGCGUCGUGGUUGCUGCGUAUGGCCCCGACGCGAGGCAAGGUUGAGAAUAACAUUCGUAACUACGCAGAGAGCCCUGAGGACUGUCGUAAAAUUGUACAGAAACGCCGGUCUUAUGCGCCCUUUUUGCGCGACGACUGCCUCUUCCAUAUGCACCUUACGACAAUCCCACUGA